CCGCUCGCCCGCCCGCCCUCGGCUCCCUCCCGUUUCUGUUUCGAUAUAUUUCUGCAGUGCACUUCCCUUCCAUCCCAAUCCCACUUCUCGUCUGUUGGUUGCCAUUGAUGUCUCUCUCUCUCUGUAAACACUGUAUCUCCUUCUCCUCAUCUACCUAUCUUUGGCGCUCGUCAAUCAUCUCUUAUAGGCCCAUCUCUCGCUCGCCCUGUAGCUUGGAUUUCUCGAGGGUUUCUGGCCGCAUUUGCCUCUGUUUCAGCUUCCACAGCUUGCAUGAUCUUGCGCCCUCCCAGUUUUCUGAUACUAGUGUUGUGGCUCUAUAGUCUCUAUGGCUUAUCGUAGAAAUGGUAGUAGCCAACCUCCCAAUGGGAAGGCCAGUGGAGCUGGGAAUAUGUAUUCUAUUGAUCUAGUGAGAACUUCAGCACAAGACUGAAAGCUAUAUAUGCUCAUUGGGAUGAGCACAAAUCUGACAUGUGGAGCUCUUCAGAUGUACUAGCUACCGGGACACCUCCAGCAUCAGAGGAUCUGCGGUACCUUAAGACUUCAGCGCUCCCAGAGACUGUAAUAGUGUUCACCAAGAAACAAAUUCAUUUUCUGUGUAGCCAAAAGAAGGCCUCUCUUCUUGAUGUUGUAAAAAAAUCUGCCUCGGAUGCCGUUGGUGCAGAUGUUGUGAUGUAUGUGAAGGCAAAGAAUGAUGAUGGUUCUUCCUUAAUGGAUGCUAUAUUUCGUGCUAUUCUUGCUCAGUCAAAGGCAGAUGGCAUGGAGAAGCCAGUAGUCGGAUACUUUGAAUUAGGUGACAUAACAAAUGGGUUAUCUGACGUAUUUGCUUGCAAAGAUGAUAAUGAAAUUAUGAACAUCAAGAAAGCUGCAUUUUUAACUGUUAAUGUGAUGAAUAAAGUUGGAAAAUGUGAUUGACGAGGAGAAGAAAAUCACCCAUUCAUCAUUGAUGGAUGAGACAGAGAAAGGCAUUGUGGAUCCCUCAAAAGCUGGCGUGAAGUUAAAGACUGAAAAUGCUCCAAUAUUUCAGAGUGGAGGGGAGUUUGAUCUCUCAGGCCUAGUGCUGCUAGCGCCGAUGAGUUACUUCACUAUGAUUCUGCAAGUAUGAUAAUACGUGCAGUGGGGUCCCGAUACAAGAGCUAUUGCGAAUGCACUGCAAAGCAAGGCUUACAGGGUAUUUCAAGUUCUCACAGCUCCCCAGAGAGAGCUUACAAGUCUAUAUAUGGAUAGACCAUGAAUGAAGCACAUUGAGUGGAGCGUUGAUGGUAAGAUAAUAGAUCGAUAUUGUGCUCAAAAGAAGGAACCGGGUCUGUGACUUCCUGCUGUAGUGAAUAGUAGAGUAGGAGGAAAUAUGCCUUUUGAAGCCUUGGAUUGGUUCUGCCAGCCGGUGGCAAAUAGUGUAUGGGCAAAAGCAGUUGAUAGUGCCUUCGGUUCUUACACACCUUGUGCAAUUGACUCUCUAGUGGUCUCUUCUUGUCAUUUGGUACUUUUUGGGCUUUGCUUCUACAGAACGUGGCUGAUUGUGAAGGAUGCUAAAGUGAAGAGGUUUCGUUUGACCUCUAAUUGUUAUAAUUACAUGCUUGCUGUGAUUGCUGGUUGUUGUUUUGUCGUGCCUUUACUAAGGUUAGCCAUGGGUAUAGCGAUUUUUAGCCUUGACGAUCACACUGGCUUUGCUCCUUUUGAGGUGAUUUGCUCAAUCGUGGAGUCUCUUUCUUGGUGCUCGGUGUUAGUGAUGGUUGUUGUGGAGACUAAAAUUUAUAUCCAUGAAUUCCGUUGGUACACACGAUUUGGACUAAUCUAUGUUAUGAUAGGGGGUGUUGUGCUAUUAAAUCUUGUACUCCCACUUUCAGAUUACUAUAGCAGUGCAGUUCUUUGUAUGAUCAUCACCACAUUUUCUUUCCAGGUGCUUUUUGCAGUACUUCUUCUUGCUUAUGUCCCUAAUUUGGAACCAUAUCCUGGUUAUGUCGUCAUGCAAUCUGAGUAUGUUGACAACAUGGACUAUGAAACGCUUCCGGGAGAAGAGCACGUCUGUCCCGAGAGCCACGCUAAUCUCUUUUCUAGAAUAUAUUUUGGGUGGGUGACUCCACUUAUGAAGCAGGGCUAUCGAAAACCUGUUGAUGGGCUGCGUUUGGAUCAUGGAAGUUUCAAAGUUUAUAUAUUUCUUGUAUUGCAGUCGAUGCAACGGGGAGAUCCAACUUGGAUUGGUUUCGUCUAUGCAUUCGCAAUUUUGGUUGGUGUGUCAUCUGGAGUGCUAUGCGAAGCUCAGUACUAUCAGAAUGUUAUGCGAGUUGGUUUUCAACUGAGGUCUACUCUGGUGGCUGCUAUUUUUCGUAAAACACUCAGAUUGACUCAUGAGGGGCGCAAGAAGUUCCCGUAUGGGAAAAUUACAAAUAUGAUAUCAACCGAUGCUAGCGCCCUUCAACAAAUAUGUCAACAGCUUCAUGGGAUAUGGUCUGCCCCAUUUCGUAUUAUCAUGUCAAUGAUUCUUCUAUACCAGCAAUUGGGUGUUGCUUCUGUUUUUGGGGCUUUAGCUCUAGUCUUGACGGUUCCUAUGCAGACUGUAAUUUUUAAUAGAAUGCGAAAACAAACAAAAAAGGGACUUCAGGGGACAGAUAAAAGGGUUGAACUCACAAAUGAAAUUUUAGCAGCCAUGGAGACUGUGAAAUGCUAUGCAUGGGAAGCAAGCUUUUUAUCCAGAGUUCAAGAAAUAAGGAAUGAAGAGCUCUCGUGGUUUCGUAAGGCGCAAUUCCUUUAUGCGUUCAACGGUUUUAUUAUUCAUAGUCUCCCAGUGUUUGUAACUGUAAUUUCCUUUGGGGUAUUCACAUUGCUCGGUGGAGAUCUGACUCCUGCAAGGGCGUUUACAUCACUUUCCCUGUUUGCGGUGCUUCGUCCUCCUCUAAACAUGCUUCCUUAUUUAUUAAGUCAGGUUGUAAAUGCACAUGUAUCAUUACAACGUAUUGAGGGACUCAUCUUGACUGAAGAGAGAAUUCUUGUCCCAAAUCCACCGUUGGAACCUGGGCUUCCGGCAAUAUCCAUGAAAAAUGGAUGUUUUUCAUGGGAUUCCAAGGUAGAGAAGCCGACAUUAUCAAAUGUGAAUUUGCAUAUAGAAGUCGGCAGCUUAGUUGCAUUGGUUGGAGGUACUGGCGAAGGAAAAACGUCGCUUAUAUUGGCAAUGCUAGGGGAGCUGCCUCCCUUGGCAGACACAAACAUUGUUGUCAGAGGGACAGUGGCUUAUGUUCCUCAGGUGUCAUGGAUUUUCAAUGCCACUGUUCGUGACAAUAUAUUAUUCGGAUCGGAGUUUGAAUCAAACCAUUAUUGGAAGGCCAUUGAUGUCACUUCCUUGCAACAUGAUCUUGAAUUGCUUCCUGGUCGUGAUCACACCGAGAUUGGUGAAAGAGGUGUAAACAUAAGUGGUGGUCAAAGACAGCGAGUUUCUAUGGCUAGAGCCGUAUAUUCGAAUUCUGAUGUUUACAUUUUUGAUGAUCCUUUAAGUGCCCUAGAUGCUCAUGUUGGUCAGCAGGUUUUUAACAGAUGUAUCAAGGAAGAGUUGGGAGGGAAAACCAGGGUGCUUGUCACAAACCAAUUACAUUUUCUUCCCCAGGUCGACAAAAUUAUUCUGAUUUCCGAAGGCAUUGUUAUAGAGGAAGGAACCUUUGAGGAGCUCUCCAGAAACAGCAAACAUUUCCAGAAGCUAAUGGAAAAUGCCGGUAAACUGGAAGAACAAAUGGAAGAAAAACAAUACAACAAAAAUCCUUACCAAGAAAGCCCGAAGUCUCCGAAUGGUGGACUCGGGAAUAAAGUUCAAGAAGACACAAGCUAUGCAAGAAAACGGAAAGACAAGAACUCUGUACUAAUCAAGGAGGAGGAGAGAGAGACAGGAGUAGUAAGUUGGAAGGUGUUAAUGAGGUAUAAGGAUGCAUUAGGAGGUACUUGGGUAGUUAUCAUAUUCUUUUCAUUUUAUUUGCAGGUAGAGAAGCCGACAUUAUCAAAUGUGAAUUUGCAUAUAGAAGUCGGCAGCUUAGUUGCAUUGGUUGGAGGUACUGGCGAAGGAAAAACGUCGCUUAUAUUGGCAAUGCUAGGGGAGCUGCCUCCCUUGGCAGACACAAACAUUGUUGUCAGAGGGACAGUGGCUUAUGUUCCUCAGGUGUCAUGGAUUUUCAAUGCCACUGUUCGUGACAAUAUAUUAUUCGGAUCGGAGUUUGAAUCAAACCAUUAUUGGAAGGCCAUUGAUGUCACUUCCUUGCAACAUGAUCUUGAAUUGCUUCCUGGUCGUGAUCACACCGAGAUUGGUGAAAGAGGUGUAAACAUAAGUGGUGGUCAAAGACAGCGAGUUUCUAUGGCUAGAGCCGUAUAUUCGAAUUCUGAUGUUUACAUUUUUGAUGAUCCUUUAAGUGCCCUAGAUGCUCAUGUUGGUCAGCAGGUUUUUAACAGAUGUAUCAAGGAAGAGUUGGGAGGGAAAACCAGGGUGCUUGUCACAAACCAAUUACAUUUUCUUCCCCAGGUCGACAAAAUUAUUCUGAUUUCCGAAGGCAUUGUUAUAGAGGAAGGAACCUUUGAGGAGCUCUCCAGAAACAGCAAACAUUUCCAGAAGCUAAUGGAAAAUGCCGGUAAACUGGAAGAACAAAUGGAAGAAAAACAAUACAACAAAAAUCCUUACCAAGAAAGCCCGAAGUCUCCGAAUGGUGGACUCGGGAAUAAAGUUCAAGAAGACACAAGCUAUGCAAGAAAACGGAAAGACAAGAACUCUGUACUAAUCAAGGAGGAGGAGAGAGAGACAGGAGUAGUAAGUUGGAAGGUGUUAAUGAGGUAUAAGGAUGCAUUAGGAGGUACUUGGGUAGUUAUCAUAUUCUUUUCAUUUUAUGUGCUGAUAGAAGUCCUUCGAGUUUUGAUUAGCACGUGGUUAAGCUUUUGGACAAAUAAAAGCAUUCCAGAAAAUUAUAACGCUGGAUACUACAAUCUCAUCUAUGCAGCGUUGUCCUUUGGCCAGGUGACCUUUAUAGUAGCAAACACAUAUUGGUUAAUCAUUUCAAGCCUCCGUGCGUCUAGAAAAUUGCACGAUUUCAUGCUAAAUUCAAUACUAAGAGCUCCAAUGGUGUUCUUCCAUACCAAUCCAAUUGGACGAAUUAUCAAUAGGUUUGCCAAAGAUCUUGGAGACAUCGAUGGUAGUCUUACCCAUAUUAUGAAUAUGUUUCUUGGACAACUGUGGCAGCUACUGUCAACUUUUGUUCUCAUAGGUCUUGUGAGCCCAAUCUCCCUAUGGGCCAUUACGCCGCUAUUGAUUGUGUUUUAUGCAGUCUAUUUAUAUUAUCAGAGUACCUCACGUGAAGUCAAACGCUUGGGUUCAAUUACUAGAUCUCCUGUGUAUGCUCAUUUUGGGGAAGUGUUAAAUGGUCUGUCAACUAUCCGUGUAUACAAGGCGUAUGAUCGAAUGGAAAGCAUCAACGGGAGGUUCGUGGAUAAUAACACCAGGUUUACUCUUGCAAAUAUCAGUUCAAAUCGCUGGCUCACAAUAAGGUUGGAAACAUUAGGAGGCCUUAUGAUCUGGUUGACAGCAACUUUUGCUGUCUUGCAGAAUGCAAGAGAAGAAAACCAGGGGGCAUUUGCAUCUACGAUGGGAUUACUUUUAAGUUACACACUAAAUAUCACAAACUUGUUAAGUGGUGUUCUUAGACAAGCAAGUAAGGCAGAAAAUAAUUUAAACGCUGUUGAACGUGUCGGCAUAUACAUCGAUUUGCCUUCAGAGGCUCCAGCUAUAAUCGAGUAUAACCGCCCCCCAUCUGGUUGGCCUUCAUCUGGAUCGAUUCAGUUUGAGGAUGUUGUCUUACGUUAUAGGCCUGGACUUCCUCCAGUCUUGCAUGGGCUAUCCUUUAAUAUUUUACCAACUGACAAGCUAGGAAUAGUUGGAAGAACUGGUGCAGGAAAAUCAAGCAUGUUGAAUGCAUUAUUUCGAAUUGUAGAGAUCGAACGAGGACGAAUAACAAUUGAUGGCUAUGACAUUGCUAAGGUUGGGCUAACAGAUUUGCGGAAAUCUCUAACUGUUAUACCUCAAUCACCAAUUCUUUUUUCAGGAACUGUACGUUUUAAUCUCGAUCCGUUCUGUGAACAUAAUGAUGCUGACUUGUGGGAGGCUCUUGAGAGAGCACAUCUUAAGGAUGUAAUUAUGAGAAGCUCUUUUGGCUUGGAUUCUGAGGUUUCGGAAGGAGGAGAAAAUUUCAGCGUUGGACAAAGGCAACUAAUAAGCCUUGCUAGAGCGUUGUUGAGAAGAUCAAAGAUCAUUGUUCUUGAUGAAGCAACUGCAGCUGUUGAUGUUAACACAGACGCUCUGAUACAGAAAACUAUCCGUGAGGAGUUUAAAUCGUGCACUAUGCUGAUAAUCGCUCAUCGGUUAAACACGAUUAUUGACUGUGAUCGGAUUCUCGUGCUGGAUAAGGGUCAGGUCAUAGAAUAUGAUGCCCCUGAAAAACUGCUUUCAAAUGAAGGAAGCGCUUUCUAUAGAAUGGUUCAAAGUACAGGACCUGCAAAUGCUCAGUACUUAUGUAGCUUAGUUCUUGGAAAAGAAGAGACCAAUCCACGUGAUGAAAACCAGUUACUUCUGAAUGGUCAUGGGAAAUGGCUAGCAAAAUCCCACUGGAUGACUGCUGCUCAAUUUGCUCUGUCCAGAAGUCUUGCUGCCUCUCAAAAUGACCUCAAAAGGCCAGACAUUGAUACUGUUCAUGGGAAUGAUAUCAUUGGGAAAGCAAAAGAUGCAGUUCUAACGCUGCAUGGAGUUUUGGAGGGGAAACACGACGGAUUAAUCGACGAAGUACUGACUCGAGACUCGAUCCCCAGAUACAGUUGGUGGUCGUCUUUCUACCGAACAAUUGAAGGGCUGGCUGUGAUGGGCAGAUUGCACAGUUACAACAAGCUUGGUGAUGGUGAAGAUGGUGAAGAUGGUGAAGCUGAAGAGAGGCCGUUUGACUGAAAGCAUUGUUCUUUGUUGUUAUCAUUUUGGAAUAAAACCAUGUUAUUGUCGUCUUCUCAGUCGAGAGAAAUAUUUUCGUUAAUAUUCCUCGUAUCAAAUUAAGCUUAAUCUUGCAACAAUUAA